AUGGAUACAAUAAUUUCGAUGGAGUUUGUGAUCCUUGCUAAGACAUAGCAAAGAAACCAUUAUGUUGUAUCUGUGGAUAAAAAGGUUUACUAAAACGACUUUCAGAUUAGAGUGGAGUAUAUGUACAUGUAUCAUGUGCUAUUUUUGCACCUUGCAGAAUAAGUAGAAAAAGCAUAAGAAGAUAUUGAAACAGAAUAGUGGAUAUUCCAUUUAAAGUUUUAAGCAAAUAAUUAAGAUCCAAAUCAAUUAGAUGUUGAGUCAUGUGAGAUUAAAUGCGAAUUAAAAGAGAUUUAAGACGCAUUUUAUACUGCAAUAGGUAAAUUCUAAGAUAAAUAAAAGAAAAGAGGAAAUCAGACACAAUAAUAUAAGGAACAUGUAAAAAACACAAUAAAUUGUAUCUUUGAUAAUUAUUCUUUACCUUAAUGUAAUUAACAAUGGUCAUGUCAAAACAAGAUAGAAAGUUAUUGUUAAGUACAUAUGGAAAGUCAUAGAUUAUUUUGUAUUUGUCGUAAAUUAAUGAAUAAUAAACAAAUGGUAUAAUGUGAUCAUUGUUAUGAAUGGUAUCAUUUGGGAUGUAUGAAACGUAAGAAUGUAAAGGAUGAUACUUAUGUUUGCGAAGCUUGUAAAGGUUGGAGUACAAAAAGAGCAAAAAUAGAUUUAGAUGAUCCAAAACUACUUAAUUUUGAAGAUUUGGUUGUUCCUAAGAGUGUCUAUAUUUGA